AUGCCCGGGCCUCUGCCCCCCACAGAGCUGCACACCUCGGAGCGGGUCGCCGUGCUGAUCUCCUGUGGGCUUUCCUUCCUGGGCUCCAGCCUCCUGGUUUGUACCCACGCCCUAUGGCCGGAGCUACGCACCCGUCCCCGCCAACUCCUGCUCUACCUGUCGCUGGCCGACCUCCUCUCGGCCCUCUCGUACUUCUACGGGGUGCUGCAGGACUUCGAGAGGACCUCGUGGGACUGCGUGCUGCAAGGUGCCCUCUCCACCUUCUCCAACACCAGCUCCUUCUUCUGGACCAUGGCCAUUGCCCUGUACCUCUAUAUCACCAUUGUGAGGGGCUCGCCCACCGGCACAGG